AUGACGGUGAGCCAUCGGAAGCCGCGGCCUACGCAGCCGAACCAGGACCGUAGUAUUCGCAUGCGCUGUGCGGGGGGCUGUGAGGAAUUUGACCUGUGCGGGACGUGCUUUUGCACCGGUGCCGAGGUGGGACAGCACAAAGCGUCGCACGACUAUCGUGUGAUUGAGCAGCACUGCCAGCCGGUCUUUUGCCCGGAUUGGGGCGUGGACGAGGAGCUUUUGUUGAUUGACGGUUGCCAAUUGUACGGCCUCGGCAACUGGUCUGAUAUCGCGGACCAUAUCGGCAACCGGAGCAAGGAAGAGGUCGAACAUCACUUUGUGAGCGUGUAUAUUGAGGGAAAUAACGGGCUCCCGUCAGGCAACGCGCGCGCCGCCGAGGCGGUGGCCGACUGGCGCGAACAACACCCUGAAGCAACACAGGGCCCGGGCGAGGAGCCGCUGCCGAUUGUCGGGCCGGAUCCCGACUUUGCGUACGAUAUUGCCCCGGAAGACUUUCAAAAAGAGCGGCGCGAGCGCAUUGAGCGCCUUCGCGCCGCACAGGCCGCAUUUGUGCCGCCUAAAGCGAAUGCCAAGCCGCUGGUUUCGGCACCGACGUCGCACAGCGAGCUCACGGGAUUCAUGCCGGGACGUCUCGAGUUUGAGCACGAGUACGAGCAGGAUGCCGAGCACCUCGUGAAGGAUAUGGAGUUUGGGCGUGUGUAUCGCUUUGGCGGCGACGAGAUGCCGAACGAGUUUGACGCGCUCGGUGCGCAAGGCGCGACGCAGGGCCAUGCGCGCAUGGAGGCGAGUGGCCGUGGCGGCCCCGUCCAGCAGAGCGGCGGGGAGUCGCCAGACGACAACGACGAGGAGUUUACCGAUGCCCUCGAUCCGGAAGAUGCCGCCAAGAACGAGAGCGCCAAGACCGAGUCCAAGCCCGAGGAUGCCGAAGCGGCUGGCGUCGAGGCCGCCGAGAGCGCCGAGACCGAUGUCAAAGGCGAUGGCAAGCCCGAGUCCAAGGCCAGCGGCAAGCCCGAAGGCGAGGAAAAGGCUGACGAGACGACGACCGACGACCGUGCGCCAGACUGGGACGAAGACCCCUUGGACCUCGACCUGAAGCUCGCUGUGCUCGAUAUGUACGACGAGCUGCUGGACAAGCGCGGGCGCAAAAAGCACUUUCUCUUUGAACGCAAUCUGGUCGAAUACCGCCGCAACAUUGCCGCAGAGCGCAAGCGGCCGAAAGAGGAGCGCGAUCUCCUCGCACGCAUCAAGCACUUUGCGACGAUGCAGACGGCGACCGACUUUGAGGAGCUGUACCAGAACCUGUGCUACGAAGAGGCACUGAAAAAGACGGUGCGCCAGCUGCAGCAGUACCGCAAGAUGGGCCUCAAGACCUUUGUCGAGGCCGCCCGUUACGACAAAGAGGCCGCCGAGCGCACCAAGCGCCAGCUCGAGGCAGCGGAAGGUUCGCUCGCCUUGAGCGGCGCGCACGCCGGCCGCGUGCGCCACCGCGAGCGCAGCCACUCGGUUCUGGACGACGCGCACCGCAGCGACGACUUUUCGUUUGCAAGCGCGCCCGGCAUCCAGCUGCUCACGACCAAAGAGCAGCGCAUUUGUUCCCUAUUGCAUAUUCUCCCCCAGCCUUUUUUGGUGCUCAAAGCGGCGCUGCUCACGUAUUCCUACGCACAUCACAAAGCGCUGACGUUGGCGCACUGCCAGCGCCUGUGCGGCAUCGAGCCGCGCAAGAUGAGCCGCGUGUACGACUUCUUUGUGCAACAAGGCUACAUCCACGCCGUGAUGGACGCGUGCGACUGGCGCAAUGAGCGCAAGCGUAUGCGGUCCUAUUCCCCAAAACGCGCGCGUCAAGAAAGUAUACCCUAG